GAUCAUUACAAUGAUGGAGCUCGCUCGUGUUCACUUAUCCAGAUACCGGUGACGGUGGUGGCUCUAAGCAUGGCAUUGAUGGUCUUAACGGGCAGCCGCCGUUCGCGGCUACUGGUCCUCGCAACUUCCCGAAAUAACCGCCUGUUGUUUCUGGUGUUUAUGCUGGCUUUUAUAGCUGACAUUAAUGGCCAGCAACAUUGUCUUUCUCACAACGCAUGUGGCUCUGGAAGCAACCGGUUUUGCAGCACGGUGCCAUUCAGUCGCACUAAUGGAUUGUGCGAAGAUUGUUGGAAAUGCUGUCUCUUCCCAGACCGCUAUAACUUUUCUGCAAUGCUGAGCGGAAACAGCAUUAUAGCUGGAGCGUGCUCGCAGAGGUGUGGUUGCAACGUGGACGAUUUCUGCUCCACGAGCGCAGACUGUGCACCAGGGCUGUUCUGUCGGGUCAAGGACUUCCAACCUAACGUCUGCGCGCCAUGCACCCGCUGCGCCUCCGACUCCGACUCCGUUGACCCGGGCGGCUGCGCGUCCGCCUGCCCCUCGGGCGCCGUGGACAACACCCUGGGUCCGCCGCCUGACCCGCCCACCGAGUACGAUGCAGCGCUCGUGGAGGCGGCCGUGUUCCUGGCCUUCGCGCUGGAGCCGUGGAGGGGCGGCGGGGAGCAGCAGCAGCAGCAGGACAGGAGCACCGUCACCGCGGACCUGCUGCGAGCCUUCCUGGCCAACCAGACGUACCUGCACAAGGCCAUCAACUCCACUGCCGUGUACGACCAGUCGUACGUCGAGGAGGCCGUGAUCACGCUGUACGAAAGGGCCAACACGUCGUUGGACAAGCCGCUGUCUUUAAGAGCUGUGGCCGCGUCGUUCGUGCUCACGAGCAGUCGCGCGCUGGUGUGUCCCAAGAUCCUGGCCAGCCAGCCAGCCUCCUCUCUGCCUGCAGUGACCGGCCCCGGCUGCCCCUGCAAUCUGACCGCCAACGCAACCUACAACCGCUGUCCCGUGGGUCACGCCUGCUCCGAGCGCGCGUACGUGGGCAUGUCCACAGACGUGCUGUUCGACCCCGUUGCGGCGCAGCUGCGGGGCGUGUGCUUGCCGUGCAGUGAGGGAUUCAGUUGCGGAGGGGGAGUCGUCAUCACGCCCGCCAACGGGCUCACUCGUCGCACCCGCGAGCUGGACUGCCCCGCGGGCUCCUACUGCCCCUCCCCCGGCGAGGUCUUCACCUGCCCGCCCGGCUACUACUGCGGCUUCAGGUCGCUCAACCGCACGUCAUGCAACUACACGGAGCUGCUCUCCGAUUUCGAUGCGCUAUAUCCCCUGGACGGCGAGCAGGACCUGAUCACGCGGCUGAAGAAGAACCGCGAGCCCAUCCGGGGCAACUACUGUCCGGAAGGCUCCACCAAGCCCAGCCAGGCGUGCAGCGCCGGCUACUACUGCCCCAACGCAUCGGUGCAGCUCAUCUGCCCCAGCGGCUACUACUGCAAACAGCAGUCCAUCUACCCAGUCAAGUGCCCCAGGUUGGUUCGCUGUCCGGAGGGCACCGCAGCCCCAGACGGCCGGCCCUUGGCUGGUCUGGCCUUUGGAAUUAUCUUAGUCUCUACUUUCAUCCUUUACUACGGCCUGAAGAAGGGCUGGAAGAUGAUGGACAAUCUUUGGCAGGAAUACGUCAAACGGAAUCCGGUGCGCAGCGAGAGGGUGGCCAACAGCGCGAGCAGGCGGCACAGCAUCCUAGCAAGCUUCACCUCUGCCGCUGCGUCCGCAAGGAGCCAUUUCUACUCGGGUUGGGGGAUGACUUCAUCAAUUAGAACUACUGUGUCCGAGCCCUUGUCACCUAAGGAUGGACAGCCCCCGCUGCCUGGGGCUACGUCCGAGCCCUUGUCACCUAAGGAUGGACAGCCCCCGCUGCCUGGGGCUACGUCCGAGCCCUUGUCACCUAAGGAUGGACAGCCCCCGCUGCCUGGGGCUACGUCCGAGCCCUUGUCACCUAAGGAUGGACAGCCCCCGCUGCCUGGGGCUACGUCCGAGCCCUUGUCACCUAAGGAUGGACAGCCCCCGCUGCCGAGGUCUUCAUCACUUUUGAGGUUUGAGCACUUCCUGAACUCGCGCUCAUGGAGAAGGGGUCUGCGAAAGUCCGUAGACCUCAAGACAGCGAAUUCGGCGCCCAUCACCAUAACCACCUCGGGGAUGGGCGACGGAGGCCACUCUCGGUCCGAGGGUCCUCAAGGAAAGCAAGAACGUCGCUCCGUGUGGGCUAUUGUCCGGACUAACACGAUGAAGCUCGGGAUGCUCGGCGCGCAGUCCAGUUAUAGGAGCAAAGCAGAGGAGCGGCUGGUUCUCCUAGACCAAAAUAAACUGCAGUACAUAUUGGCGAAACCGCAAUGGAGCAUUCCCAAAAGGAUUAACAUCAGCUUUGAGAAUGUGCAGGGCAUCUCCCAGUCGCAGCUCGACAGCAGCCUUGAAGCUGUUGGCCCCAAAAGCCAAAAGCCCCCAAACCCAAACGCCAGCAGCGGCGAUAACGCCGAGGGGGUCACAGGAAUCUUUGAGGCGGGUCACUUCAGCGCCAUCAUGGGCCCAUCCGGUUGUGGCAAGACCACGCUGCUGCUGAUGCUGUCGGGCCGCAAACCUGCCAAGAACGUGCAGACACUGAGCGCCGAUAUUCGUGUUUCGCUGACGCAGACGGAUCUCAGACGAAGACUUGGUUUCGUGCCCCAAGACGACAUCCUGCAUUCCGACCUAACUAUUAGGGAGAACAUUGUGUAUGCCGCCUGGCUGAAGCUGCCUCGCAGCACCAGCGGUUCGGAGCGAACUGUGAUUGUGGCCGACACCCUAGAGAUGCUCAGUUUGCCAGAAAAAGAGUGGGACAAGGCCGUGGGCAAUCCGGAACGCAAGGUCAUCUCCGGCGGCCAGCGCAAGCGUGUCAGCAUCGGUGUGGAGAUCGUGGGCAAGCCGCCCGUGCUGUUCAUGGAUGAGCCCACCUCGGGUCUCGACGCUACCACGUCCAUGGACCUGUGCAAGAUGCUCAAGAUGCUGGCCAAGCUCUCGCGCAUCAACAUCAUCGCAGUCAUUCACCAGCCGCGGCAGAACUCCUUUGAGCAGUUUGACAAGGUGCUGCUGAUGGCCCCCCAGGAGAACAUCCUGGGCCGCACUGUGUACCUGGGGCCGCCCAGCUCCUGCGCCGCGUACUUCAAACAGCUGGGUUACAGGUUCCCAAGCACGGAGAAUGUGGCAGACACGCUGCUCGACAUCAUUACUGGGGAGCGGUCAACCCCAUAUCAUCCACUGAUAAAAGCUUCCGAAAUGCCGGAAGCUUGGAAGAGAUGCGGAGAGGCCUGGCAGAAAAACCAAGCCGGACCCGUAAAGCGGCUAGCCAAGCUCGUGGAGAACAUCCUGUGGCACAUCCGAAACCAACGCGCAGUGGACGCGCAUAACAAGGCAAAAGUGGCGAACAACAACAGCGGACGCCAGGGAAGCCUUCAAGUGGCGCUGUCAGGCUUGAUUGCCCGGCUGGUGCCCUCCCGCCGCUCAAUGGGGACCCAGACAUCGACACCCGCAAUGUUGGACACCGGGGCCCAACCGCCAGCGGGAGCAUCAGGAGGAAACGGUAGUGGUGCAAGCACUCCUGCAGGCUCACGACAGUUGCAGCGUCAGGUCGGCGGCUCAAGCGACGGUGGCGGCAAUGGACGUCCUCGCACCCGAGGCCCCCGCGCAUCGUGGCCCUCCCUUAAGGGGCUAGCACCGAUUUCGAACCCAAUUUCAACUUUCCUAUCUGAUCGGCCCGCGCAAUCCCGCAACAACGCGCCACGACAAUCUACGGCUGCAAGCGAGCCUGGCUUGCCAUCCACCACUGUGGCAGCAGCGGCAGCCACAGCCGCAGCGACAUCCGCAUCAGCAGCGAGAGCUACAGCCGCAUCAGCAGCGGCAGCGACAGCCGCAGCAGCAGCGGCAGCUACAUCCGCAGCAACAGCCGCAGCAACAGCCGCAACAGCUGUAGUAAAGCCUCUGCCUAUCAGCGCCUUCGCAGCGGUUGCUGAUCUACCGUUCGACCAGUUGGCUGCCUACGAUGCCACGUAUGCUGAGAAGCGCAAGGCAAUUCCUUCGCAAACCCAAAACACAGCUUCAACAACGGGGAUCCCUGCGCCGGCAACCGCUUCGUGUCCCUUACAUCACGGGUUGAAGCGAACAACUUCGGGCACCGUUGAGCCGGUUGGUAAAAAAGGCGAGGCGUUGCUGGACCGUCCGCUCCAAGAACGCUUGCAAAUACUCUUUCCUAUAGAGUAUGAAGAGUACAAUAACAUCAAGAAGGAGUGCAAGGUACCCAAGGCGCCUUCGAAGAAGUCUUUGCUUCAGCCUGAGGAGGCCUCCUACGGAAAGGUCGAGCUGCACUACCCAUACGACGAUAUCAAAUACAUAUACAGCAGCCGGGAGCGGAUCUCGCAGGCUGGCGAGCCAGUGCAGCAGCCGGAUGAGGAGACGCUGCUAGGAAGGCUUCAGGAGCGUUUCAUCAGCACCAUCUGGCAGCUGUUUUGGCUGGUCGCUCGCAACAUGCGCAAGUCCAUGAAGGCGUUCUGGCCCGACCACAUCGUAGACGUGCUGCUGCUGCUGAGUGCCGCUUUCAUUGUGGGGGCGGUGCAGAGUUCCAAGUGGGGCCUCACCGCCGUGCCCUCCAAUGUGGCCAUGAUCUACCUGGUUCUGUCGGUGCUGGCAACCGUCACGCACCUGCGGACGUUCACCGAGCAUAAGCUGGUGCAGAAACGCGAGCGCAUGGCAGGUGUCUCCGUCAUCUCCACCUUCCUCGCCUCCAAUUUUACCGACCUCAUCUGGAUUUUCGUGUCUCCCGCCAUUUACUUUGCGGUCUACUACUACUUGGCCCUGCCGCGCGCCUCUUUUGCCGACUACUACAACUUGGGCAAUCUGGUGUGCUUCUGGAGCUCAGGACUGGCAUACAUGAUUUCCUUGUCACCGCUUUCCGCAAAGAACCAGCCCAUCACUGCGGUCAUCAUUACGCUAAUCCUGGGCGCCUUCCUCAACGGCCUCAAUCCUACCCUUCGAUCCGGCCGAGGCAACUUGCUGGAGGUCGUGUUGGGCAUUAGUUACAACCGUUGGGCUGUGGAGGCAGGAACAAUCCAGGAACUCAUGAACUAUUACGAGCACAAGAGCAAUGAGAUUGUCAUGAUCUACUACGACCUGGGCAUAUGCAACAUGGACAGGACCCUGUACGAUGACGGCCGCGACGGGCUCAGCGAGCCGGAAGUGCUCUCCUUUGUAAAGCUGAUGCAGACCUUCAACCCCAAGAGCUGCCGUACAUAUUACAGAGAGGCCAACAUCAUCCUCUUCUGCAUGGGCCUGGGGCUGCGGCUGCUGGCGUUCAUGCAACUCUUGUACAAGGCUCAUCGCCAUACUGUGGUGAUGUUCUUGACGCUGCUUCUGGAUGUCAAGGGGGCCUACAAGACGCUGGCUGCGGUAUUGAAAAGCUUCGUCGGAUGGUGUCUUUGCUGUGCGACCAAAAGCACGACAGAAGCGGCGCAGCCGCCUGCACCCUCGACUGGCGCACCCGGGACAUCAUCUUCGAGGCUCGAACCGUCCCCAUCCACCGCAGCAGCCAUCCCAUCAGUCUCCGUGGAGCUGGAGCGACCGGUAGUUGCCGACAUCGCGACCAUCAGCCGUGCUGAGGCUGCUGUUCCUGCUAACAGUUCCCUAAACGAGCUUUCCUGAUGGCGACAUACGCUGGGUUUACCGCAAACGCAACAGCGGCGGCUUCGGCAUCACUUCAGAUGGUGGUGGCGGCAGUAGUGCCGCUGCUUCCCUGGCCCUCGUCAUGCUGUCAGAGUGGCGCAUGCUGUGAAGAGCGGUGAAGCGGAGGCAGGCCUUGGUGCUGGCUUGGACGGCGGCGGGUAAGGGCACGGUGCUUGCAAGCGCGAAGAACUGCUAGAAUGUGUUGGAUUGAUGUUGGGAGCAGGUGAGAACAUGAGGUGAGCUGAGGAGCUCAUCUCCGGAUGUGGUUGGAUGGUGUUUGGUGUUUCACGUGCUCAUCGGGAGCAGCCCUUAGGGGUCUGAUUUUGCGUGUUGAUCCCAGCACGCGUUGUGUAUUGUGGUGAGUAGUUGUUACGUGACUGGUCAUGAGGAGUGAAUGCAGGUCGUGAUCUGCCAGUGACCCAUGGGUCUUGCAGCAGCUGCCAUUGGUGCAUGUGCGUGGAUGUCGAGCUUUGACGCCGGAAAGGUGUUGCGACCGGUGGCGACUGUGUGACAGGUAUUGCGCCGUGACGGGAGGCCGGCGCGUUUCCUGACGUCGUACUUUGCGUGCGUGGUGCAAGCGUGCGCGUGUGCCAAUGCACACCAGUUCCUCUCAUGUGCACACCGUUUCUUCUCGUGUGGUGAAAGGUCAUUUAGCUGCAUUCGGGUAGGCUGACAGGGUCGGCGUCAGCACGUGCGUGGGUGCGCUGCCACAGGGUAUGCAGGCGCACUUACCCUGGGUGUUAGCAAGCUGGCCGCGUAUCGGAACGUGCUGUGGAACUAUAUGUGCGUGUAUUAAGAAAACUGGCCGCGAGUGUGUUAAGAAAACUGGCCGCGAGUAGGAGCAUACUGGGAUGUCGGAAGAUGAAGUCCCCACAGAACCGCUGCAGGAGCUGAGUGUGUUAAGAAACCUGGCCGCGAGUAGGGACGUACUGGUGUUGGUAUCCCGCUUCUGGGGCUUGUGGCCGAACC